AUGCCUCCCCGCAAGCGUCGCAGGGCGCCAACCAACCCCAUCGAGGCAGCAAACCGCAAAUCCGACGCUGAUUUCAUCAGAGACCAUCUCCAGCCCAGCGCCGAAGACCUCGAGCGUGCUCAUUUCUCACAUUAUGACGCCAGCCCCGAGUGGACGAGCUGGACGCAUCCUAAAAGCGGCACAUCUUAUACCCUCUCACUCAAGUCCCCUUCGCAGCUCUCGCAGGAUGAGUUACAAGCGUGCUUUGACCUCAUCGACCACACCAGCGGAGCCGACUACCGCGCUUCGAAAGAUGGAUGGCGGCCGAGUCAUAAGAUGAAAGAGAUGAAGAGCCCCGGACUGCGGUACAUACUCAUGCAAAAGGCCGAUGUAUCGGCGCCCGAAGUCGCCGCUGCUGCUGACGGUGAGAGUGGAGAGGGUGGUUCGGGCGCGGAGGGCAAGAUUUGUGGAUUCACAAGCUUGAUGCCUACUUUUGAAGAGGGUGAGGCUGUGGUCUACUGCUAUGAGAUACACCUCCUGGAAGAAUUACGAGGCGCGGGCGUGGGCCGCACACUCAUGGAUUACCUCGUGAAAGUGGCAGAGAGCAUUCCCAUUAUCGAAAAAGUGAUGCUGACCUGCUUCAUCGCCAACGCCGAGGCGCGCGCCUUCUACGAGAAGCUUGGCUUCGAGAUUGAUGCGCUUUCGCCUGUGGAGAGGAAGUUGCGCUUCGGAAAGGUGUUCGUGCCGGAUUAUGUCAUCAUGAGCAAGAGGGUUCGCGAUAAGAGUCAGGCGGGAAGAGGGGAGCGGUCUGAAUAA